AUGUUAUCGGCUGGCAAGAGGGCAAUGAACCGUCUCUUCCAGGUAGAAAGGAUGUUCCACACGUCUUCCGGUCCAGUCAGACAGAUAAACCUGGACUCCAUUGCGGUGCCCCAAAGUGAAAUCAACGAUGUCUUGUUCAAUGUCCGCAACGAUGCCCGCGUGAUCACCUUGAACAGGCCCGCCAAGUUGAAUGCUCUUAGCACCUCCAUGUGCAAACAGAUCUUGCAGAGACUGCUGGUUUUUGCCAAGUCCGACUCCAACAGCAUUAUCGUUAUAAACUCCUCUGUCCCCAAGGCUUUCUGUUCGGGUGGUGAUGUGAUCGAAUGUGCUAAGCAGAACCUAACAGGGAACACUGCCGCUUCGGUAGGAUUCUUUGAAUGGGAAUACAACCUCAAUUAUCUGUUGGCCACGUAUUCGAAGCCAAUUGUUUCGCUCGUCAACGGAAUCGUCAUGGGUGGUGGCGUGGGACUUUCGGUGCACACUCCAUUCAGGGUUGUCGACGAGACGACGAGGUUUGCCAUGCCCGAAACCAACAUUGGUUUCUUCUGCGAUGUAGGAACCACCUUCUACUUGAGCAGAAUGGAUGGAAACCUAGGAGUUUACCUCGCAUUAACUGGAGAUGAAUUGGUGGGAUACGAUACUUAUCUUGCAGGAUUUGGAACUCAUUUCGUUCCCUCGGAGAGGUCUCAGCAACUGGUUGAGACGCUUGGAGGUUUGCAAGUUGCGGAGCUUUCGAACACAGAAGGCGAGCAAUCCCACACUGAUCUGUACCCCGUGAUUAACCAGGCUAUAGAGUCCUUCUCAGAUGCCGUUCCCCAAGGCCAUCAAUUCAAGUACUCGACCGAGCAGCUGGAUGUGAUUGAAAAGUGUUUCGGACUCAAGAACAAGUCUGUUGAAGAGAUCCUGCGUAAUCUGAGAGAGGAUGGCUCUGAAUUUGCCCUCCAAACUAUUGAAAAACUAAGUACAAAGUCGCCAAUCUCACUGAAGCUCUGUUUUGCCAUGCUUCAAAAGUCCUCUAAGGCUGGAAUUUAUGACGCCAUAAGCAAUGAGCUCAAACUUGCAUCUAAGAUGAUGGUCGGGGGCGAAACUGAUUUCAACGAGGCUAUUCUUAAGAGACUGAUCAACAAAAAGUCGACAAACCCAGAGGACAAGAUCGCCAACUUCAAGUUUCCCGAUGUUGAAUCUGUUCCUUCUAGUCUCAUUGAGGAACUGAUAUCAUUGGAUACAUCUGCUAUCAAGACACCAUCUGAAAAGCUCUCCCAGGAGUCUUCAGAAUCAGCCGUUGAUCUGGACGAUGUGUUCAUUGACAGAUUCAACAACGUCUCAUACGUUGCCUACCCUCACAAUAUGGGUCUUCCCACACAAGCUGAGGUGGAAGCUUACAUAAAGGGAGCUGACGAUUCUAACCGCAAGUAUUCAGUCACUCUCAAGGAAACACUCAAGUACUUCGACACUAAGUACAGAGGAAAGAACGGUGUGAUCCACAAGGUUAAGAGCAUAGUCGAGAGAAAGACUAAGGGCAGUCAAUUCGGUCAGGAAUAUCUAGAGUGGGUUUAA